AUGGUCAUAUCAUUAGCGUGGCUUGUUUUCUACUACGUACAACGAUUCCGUUAUGCUCACGCAAAGGAUCGACUGCAACGAAGGCUCUUCAAUGCGGCACGAAAAGCUCUGAUGCGAAUUCCAACACGAUGUUUGAAAGUAGGAGAUCCCGAGCUUGACAUCGACUGCGCCGUCUGCAUCGAUCCCUAUCAAACGGGUGACGUCGUGCGAACGCUCCCUUGCCGGCAUGUCUAUCACAAAUCCUGUAUAGACCCAUGGCUCUUGGAGCACCGGACGUGUCCAAUGUGUAAGGCUGACAUCCUGAAGUAUUUUGGAUAUCAGGUAUUUAAACUCUACUGCUAUCGAUUCAAUCCUUUUGAUUAUUUAUGA